AUGGGCAUCCGCUGUGCCAAGCACCUUGUACAAAAGAAACCCAAAAAUUUGCCGCCACCGAAUUGUCUCUAUGCUCAAGGAGCAAUCGAAGUACACAAUAAAUCUCAUAAAACGGCUCUUGUCGACGUUUCUUUUACGACGUUUCGAGCACCAGUUGAGGAGUUGAAUUCGGCCGUUUCUGGAUCAGGCCUUUCAAAAGAUGAUGAUUACGAGAUGUACAGAUAUCUCUCUUCUCCGAAUUGUUUAGCCACAAUCGAUCCUGGAGAGAAAAGGAUUUUCUUUCCCGGUUCCGAGACAGCUUUCCUGACGAUUUUUCAAAAAAAGGAGCGAUUGCAUCGAUUGAUUCGAGAUGGACAAGAAGAGGAGUUCAUGAUUUCUUUAUGUGAGAAUCAUCCAUUGAGAAUCGGUUGCUCAGUGAAUCUACACGAUGGAUGGUUCGAGAUAUAUCCUGAGAAUUAUCUCUGGGAGAAACGAAUGGGACAAACUGUGGAGAUUAGAAAUCUCGACGGGAAAGCUGUUUACAUUAAAGUGGACGUUGGUGAGCACACGGCUGUCGAGAUACCGAUAAGGGAAAGAGAAGGUCCAUGGUUUUGCACGAAUUGGUAUCACAAAGUGUACUAUCGAAAAUUUGUUCCUCCCGGCUACACAUUUCUGCAUCGACAGAACAUGAAAUGGUAUCUACCAUACUCGAAAAAAACGAAACAGAAAAUUUUCGUGACUGUCAUCAAAGCGGAUGAUGAUGGCACCUCAACCUCUCGAAUCGCCCGCAAGGAGCUCAUCCUCUCAAAUGUAGAUUUGGGGAAAAUGGGCGGUUUUGUCAUCCAAAUCGAUCACAAAGGACGAAUCGUUCCCGAGAUGGCGGGAAUG